CCCAUUCCCACCCCAACCUCAUCCAGCCCACCUGGCCACGCCCAAACCCUCCGGCAUUGCUUCUCCCGUGCCCCUCGACGACUGGGCGGCCGCCGGCACUCCCUACACCACCUUCGGGACCUUCGCCGGCGACGAGCACCCACCAGAUCUUCAACUCCUCCCCCCACUCGCGCUCAGGCUCGGUCCCAGGGAUCGGAGCGCCGCCCCCCCCCCCCCUCGGCGGCGUCCAGCGACGGAGGGGCAGUCCCAGGCUCGGCGGCUGCGUCGGCGUCGGCGGCUCCCCCUCCCGCCUCUCGCCAGUCGCCUCGCGCCCUCGCCUCCGUCCUCCGCGCACCGGCCGGCGACCCUGCGUCAUCGUUGAGAAGGCCGAGAGGAGCGACAUCGGAAAUUUGCAAGAAUCCUGAUGACGACAAACGGCGUGGGUGGUGGCGGGAAGCUUCCCAGGAAGCGCUUCUACCGCGCCCGGGCGCACAGCAACCCACUCAGCGACUCGCACUUCCCGGUCCCAAUAUCGCCCAAAGAGGUCGACCUCUCACAGCACUACCCACGGUACUUCCCCGCCGACAAGGGCAGUGACGGCGAGGAGGCUGCAGCACCACAACAGAUCCGCUUUGCAGAUGUGGGGUGUGGAUUCGGUGGGUUGCUCGUAGGGCUCUCACCUCUCUUCCCGGACACGCUCAUGAUUGGCAUGGAGCUGAGGGACAAGGUAACUGAGUAUGUGAAAGAGAGGAUUUUAGCUCUAAGAGCAGCAAACCCAGGACAGUAUGACAACAUAUCUGUUGUCCGCACGAACUCGAUGAAAUAUAUUCCAAAUUAUUUCAGGAAGGCUCAGCUCACCAAGAUGUUCUUCCUGUUCCCUGAUCCACACUUCAAGGAGAAGAACCACAGGAGAAGGGUUAUCAGCAUGCAGUUGUUAGAUGAGUACGCUUAUGUGAUGGAAGUGGGAGGAAUCAUAUAUACCAUCACUGACGUCGAGGAACUUGGAGAGUGGAUGCGGUCGUGUCUAGAGAAACACCCAUUAUUCGAAACUGUUCCUGAAGAAGAGAUUAAAGCUGAUCCGGUUUUCAAAUUGCUGUCUACUGCCACUGAAGAAAGUCAGAAGGUUGCCAGAAAUGGAGGGCAAACUUUCCAUGCCAUCUUCAGGCGUAUCUCCUUAAAAGAAGAAUAAGUCACUUACGAUGUUAUUAGCUCGUAGUGUACUUCCCGUGUUAUGUCUUUGUCAUUUUUAUACAUUUUUUUAGCAGUUAUUGUUGAUGAAGGCGUACUUGAUACUAAAUAUUACAAUAUUGCUUUGCAAGGUUCUGCAGACUCAA